AUGGCAACAGCAGACAACGAACUCUAUACUACUCUUGUUUGGUCUGGUUUCAUAAAACAUGGCAAUAGAACUGGACCUGAAACGCCAAUCAAUCAAAACAUUAGAGAGGGAACUAUAACACUUAACGAGACUCAGAGCUCCGCUUUGCAAGAUAGCCGUCAAUCUAUUAUAAAUCACCUGGAAAGUACAAGAAAUGAGGAACGUGAUAAGAUUGUUGAUCUUUCCACCUUUGGCGCAUUGCCAAAUGGUAUGACCUUGGAGGAAAAACGAUCAGUUUUUGAAAAGGUUUGCAGGAACCAGGAUAAAAUGGAUCUCUGGAACGAUAUUUCAGAAAAACUAGUAAAAGAGGCAAGCGGAGGCACUGAUGACACUGGCGGCACUGAUGACACUGGCGGCACUGAUGACACUGGCGGCACUGAUGACACUGGCGGCACUGAUGACACUGGCGGCACUGAUGAUACUGGCGGCACUGAUGAUACUGGCGGCACUGGAAGAGCAGACAAUGCAAAACGGCCGUGUCAGCCGCCUCCAAACAGAAAGAUUGUCGGUAGUGGCAAAGGAUCAACCAGUCGAUACUCAAAUGUACCCCAGUCAGUGGAAGAUUUCUGGCCAUAUUCAUUUGCUAUGAGUGAGCAUAUGGCACUUAUCUUUGAAAAGAGGACCAAAAGAAAAACCAUAUCCGGCAACUCUAGUUAUUAUGGAAUCCAAAGAGAGGUAUACGAUGUAGAUAAAAAAAAGAAGAUCUUUCAGUAUGAGCUUGUCACAGCACGCGAAGUUUCAGGACUUCUAGAUGACUGGAACCAAUUGAAGGACGACGAAAAGUUGGUAUUUAACGCAGCUGAUCGAAAAUCGCCAGAAAAUCCUGGGAGACUUCUGUACAUUUACAUGGUUUUCCCACACCAAACUAAAAGAGGGAAGAAGGACAGCUAUAGCCCUACAGCAACGACAGAGGUUUUCGUUCAGUUCGAAAAACUUGGGAACCAAGUUAUUACGCUGUCUAUGCUCAAGAAUAUGUAUGGGAAUACUCUAGAUUGGGAUAUUCAACAUAUAUGUGACAGAGACGGCAUUCCACCUCCUUGGAAAUGGUUACCGGCACAGGCCGUUACAGAUAUUAAGGAGGCUCAUAAUUAUACACCUAAAGCUCGAGAUACGGAUUCCGUGACCUUGGAAGAAAAAAUGGCGGCACUCAGUCUGGACAAUACCAUGCCGAGAACCUCCUUGAGCCCUGUGGGGGCAACAGUCUCCACCAAUGUCCCUCCAAAAAUGAAAAGAAUAUCAAGAAGCACUUCACGAGGGGCAGGUGCUAUACCUGGUUUAAAGAGCUCCCAAAGUCCUUUCCCGGAGACUUCCCAGUCAAAUCAGGACCCAUUCGGCGCAAGACUGGAUAGAAUUGAAAGGGUACUUGCUGGAAUAUUGGAGAAGCUGGGUGUGGAGGAAGAUUGA